UAAGAAGUGUAAUGCAGGCAUUAGAACACUUCAGAGAAGCAACAGGACUUUCUAUAAAUCUGCAGAAAUCCCAAAUGGUCAUUGCUGGGCUAAGUCAGAAGGAGAAGCAAAACAUUUUCAAUGAAUUUGGGAUAAAAGAGGGAUCUUUGCCUUUUAAAUACCUUGGGUGUCCUAUAUCAGCAAGUAGACUCACAGUGGCUGACUGUGAUGUACUGAUAGAAAAGAUCACUGCUAGAAUAUCAUCCUGGAAGACCAAGCAUCUUUCAUACGUAGGAAGAGCCAGAUUAAUCCAAUCAGUGCUGUUUGGAAUGGUUAAUUUCUGGGCCAGAAUUUUUGUCAUCCCGGGUAGGGUCAUGAAAAAAGUUGAGGGGCUAGCCAGGAACUACCUGUGGGGCUCUUCUGAAAUCUAUAAAAGGGUGCCUCUGGUGAAUUGGGAAGACACCUGCAAACCUAAAGUGAAUGGGGGGUUAGGGCUACCUAAUAUUAGGCUUUGGAAUAAGGCUAUGAUCAUGGCCCUUAACUGGGAUAUAGCAAGGAAGAAAGACUGCUUAUGGGUUAAAUGGGUUCACAGCAGGUACUUAAAGAAGGUUGAUGAUUUCUGGGGCUAUAAACCCAGAACUGAAGCAUGUAGCUACUGGAAAAAGAUGAUCAAAAUCAGAAGGGACUUUGAAGGAAUGCCUUCAACGGAAAGUUACACUAAUGAGAAGGGAUACAAAUGGUUGUUGGGGCAAUCUCCUAAAACUGGUUGGGCCGGGAUGGUUUGGAACAGAUUAACCAUACCAAAACACCAAUUCCUCGUAUGGCUAAUCAUGAAAAAUAGACUACAAACUAAGGCGAGGCUAACCAAAUUUAUGAGCAUCUCUACUGACUGUGGUUUAUGUGACAAAGGAAUUGAAGAUAAUAAACACUUGUUUGGAGAUUGUGCCUUCUACAUUGAUAUAUGCAGGAAAUUAAAGGAGGAAGGGGGAUGCAAUCUCACUGGAACGAAACUGGAGGGUAUCUACACCUAUUUCAUGAAUCAAGGGCCAAGAAAAGAACGGGCGAGGAUGAUUGCUAAUUGGGCAGCAGUAUGCUAUAUGGUAUGGAGGGCCAGGAAUACGAAAAUCCAUACGAAUAGAAGUCUGGGUAUGAGGGAGAUAGUAGAUUACAUCUUAUUUGUUACUAAGUGUUAUAGUAAUAGUAAAGGAAAACAAGUGUAGUAGGAUUUAAUUCCCUUGAGGAAGGCUGUGAUGUGGUAGGGCGAGGGGGUGCGUGGU